AGCAGCAUCUAAUGAAUUUGACUCAGGCUGGGCUACAGAAUUUCAGAAAGCUCAUAAUCGGAUAAAUGAAGACAAUUCCAACGCAACUCCAGCGUUAGAUGAAUGGAUGAAAGAUUAUAAGGAUUAUAAAGAAGAUUCUAUAGAUCAAACUAUGGAAGAUUUGCAGAGUGAUUGGGAAAAAUAUAGACCUAUCAAUACGGGAUACUCACUCGAUCCCCCUUUACAUGACAUUUAUGAAUUUCAUCCAAAUAAUCCUUACCUCACUACGCCAAAUCUUUUACCAGAGACUUCAACGACAAAAGAGCAAAUUCUAGCGGACUCUAUAUUAAUUUUAGAAGCAAAGGUUCAAAUAGACCCGAAUGACUCAAAUGCAUGGUAUCAACUUGGUACUAGGCAACAAGAGAAUGAGCAGGAGCCGAAAGCAAUAGCGGCAUUACGUAAGGCUGUUGCUUUGAAUCCUCAAAUAUUGGACGCUUGGAUGUCUUUGGCAGUUUCUUACACAAAUGAGUACCAACGUGAUGAUGUUUAUAGCGUAUUGGAAUCAUGGUUUGAUCAUAGUCAUAAAUAUAAACAAUUGUUAGAACAGCAACGUGCAAAAGGCAACUUUGUUGAUCCUCACAGUUUUUUCACGGACCUAUUUAUACAAGCGGCACUUUUAAAUCCCGGAGAGAAUCUUGAUCCAGAUGUCCAAGUUGGUUUGGGCAUACUAUACAAUGUAUCCGAAGAAUACAAUAAGGCAGUGGAUUGUUUUCAAACAGCUCUCUCUUUGAGGCCUAAUGACUAUCUUCUUUGGAAUAAACUUGGAGCAACUUUAGCAAAUGCUCGUGAAUCCGAAAAGGCCGUGAAUGCUUAUUUUAAUGCCCUUGAAAUAAAUCCAUUGUACGUUCGUGCUCGAUAUAAUCUCGCCAUUUCUUUCAUUAACAUGAAAGAAUAUCGAGAAGCGGCCGAACAUUUACUCGCAGCCCUUGCAUUACAGACUGGUGAAACCAACGCGAUCACAAGUGAUGAAUUAAACAAAGAUAGUUCAUUUCAUAGUGUUGCUGGAGGCGUGAUGAGUUCAAAUAUCUGGGCAACACUUAAAGCUUGUUGUAAAUUUUUGGAUAGACCUGAUUUAGAAAAUAAGUGCGAUAUCAGAGAUCUGAGCGCUUUUAAGCAGGAAUUUGAGUUUUAG